AAUCGUUCGCCUGCCAUGACUCAAAAACUCGCGGCGCGGCGUUUGGAAAAUCAGUUAGCUCACAGCCACCUCGAACGGGAAAUCGGUGGUUUCACAUUGAACUUGAGCGCCUUUAACAUGCCAUCCGAAAGAACGAUCUACCACCCUAACCCUAGUGUAUUUAAAAACGCGCACGUGAAUUCCUUCGACCAAUACGUGGACCUUCACAGACAUUCGAUCGACAAACCCGAAGAAUUUUGGGGCGAAAUUGUGAAACAGUUUUAUUGGGAAACCCCCAUUAACAUUGACAAAUUUUUCACGUACAACUUCGACUUCCGUAAAGGUCCAAUUUUUACCAAAUGGUUCGACGGGGCGACCACCAACAUUUCCUACAAUUUGCUCGAUAGGAACGUCCGCAAUGGAAACGGUGACAAAAUAGCAUUUUACUGGGAAGGUAAUCAUCCCGAUGACUACAGUCGGCUCACGUACAAAAAACUUCUGGAAGAGGUUUGCAAAUUUGCAAAUGUACUCAAAAGCAAGGGGGUCAAGAAGGGAGACCGCGUCGCUGUCUACAUGCCAAUGAUUUUGGAAUCGGUCGUUACUCUUUUGGCCUGCACGAGGAUAGGGGCGAUUCAUUCGUUGGUGUUUGCGGGAUUCUCAGCUGAUUCCUUUGCUGAUCGGAUACUGCACUGUGGCGCUCGAGUUCUGGUAACCGCGGAUGGAGUAUGGAGAGGAGAAAAACAUUUAGCGCUAAAGAGCAUCUGCGACCAGUCUAUGGAGAAGUGCGCGAGGAAGGGUCACAAUGUCGAACAUUGCAUUGUCGUAUCUCAUUUGGGCAGAGUAACUGCGCCCCCUAACGCACCCCAGCAACACUUUGUCACCCCGAUGAAAAAUGGUCGCGACGAAUGGUGGCAAGAUUUAAUGGAGGACGCCUCCUCACUUUGCUACCCUGAAUGGAUGCAAGCUGAAGAUCCCUUAUUCAUGCUCUACACUAGUGGCUCCACCGGAAAACCAAAAGGGGUGUUACACACAACGGGUGGUUACAUGGUUUACGCAGCAACCACCUUUAAAUACGUCUUUGAUUACAAGCCCAACGACGUUUACUUCUGCACAGCCGAUGUUGGUUGGAUCACUGGACACACCUACCUGGUCUAUGGGCCUUUGGCUAACGGCGCAACGUCAGUAAUGUUUGAAGGCACGCCAUUCUACCCUGAGAACGAUAGAUUUUGGGCGGUAAUCGAAAAAUACAAAGUCACCCAGUUUUACACCGCCCCCACCGCAAUACGAGCGUUAAUGAAGUUCGACAGCGAUUUGGUAAAACGUCACGACUUGUCUAGCUUAAGGGUACUUGGUUCUGUCGGAGAACCUAUCAAUCCGGAAGCAUGGAUGUGGUACUACAAGGUUGUUGGAAACGAAAAGUGCUCCAUUGUUGACACGUUUUGGCAAACCGAAACGGGUGGACACGUCCUGACCCCUCUCCCUGGGGCUACGCCGAUGAAACCCGGCGCUGCCUCUUUCCCGUUCUUUGGCGUACAAGCCGUCCUAUUAGACGAGAAUGGAAAGGAAAUCGAAGGUGAAGGCGAAGGUUAUCUAGUUUUCAAUCGCCCAUGGCCUGGACUAAUGCGGUCACUUUACAACGACCACGAUCGCUAUGAAGACACCUACUUCAACAAAUUCCCCGGAUACUACUGCACAGGAGAUGGUGCCCGAAGAGAUGCGAGCGGAUAUCUGUGGGUAACCGGUAGAGUCGAUGACAUGCUGAACGUUUCCGGUCACCUGAUGUCAACCGCCGAAGUCGAAUCCGUGCUAACUGAAUAUCCAGGCGUCUCGGAGGCGGCGGUGGUGGCAAAACCGCACCCUGUAAAAGGAGAAUGUCUGUACUGCUUCGUGACGCUGACUGAAAACACAAGCUACAACGAAAAACUCCUGGGCGAUUUGAAAAAGUUGGUCCGGGAAAGGAUCGGCCCCUUCGCGCAGCCCGACGUUAUCCAAAACGCCCCCCAGCUGCCCAAAACGCGCUCGGGUAAAAUUAUGAGGCGGAUUUUGAGAAAGAUCGCAGUCAAUGACCGCGAUGUAGGAGAUAUCACCACACUUGCCGACACCAAUGUGGUGGAGGAAUUGUUUGCGAAUCGCCCUAUUGCUGCUUAAACUACUAGAUAAGUUUAUUAUUUAUUUGUUUAGCCUUAAUUACUUUUCAACGCACCGAUAAGGGGCCGAUGGUAGAAAGUUGUGUGUUCAUUAAAUACUUACAGUAUUGGUCCUUUCACUCACCACGUAUUAGCAGGACUAGAAUGUGAGGGGUAAACGACAUGACAUGAUCAGCGCACGAUGUAAUAUCAGCACAGAAAUGCUGGUAACAUAUAUGCUUCUACUUGUGUAUAUAAGUGGUAAGAGUAAGUUUGUAAAUAAACUUGCCUUCGUUACACAUAUCAAUGUACCUAAAUGUAAAAUAUGUAUCAUAUUUUUUGAAUUUUGAAGACAUUUUGUUGCUGCCAUGUUAAAUACGAAUAAAGAGUAUUUUAAACAA